AUGAAUGAACAAAUUGAUUCUAGUUCCUCUAAUAUUCUUGGAGAUGGAGAUGUAUUCGAAAUAAACGAUUUUACUGUCAUCACAGAUUUUGAGGUUUUUGUUUUAUCACUUGAGAAUGUUCUGCAUGAAUUGAAAAACGAAGUGGAAAAUCAAAAUAAGACACUAAGGGAUGCUUCAAGUUCCAACAUUCAAAAAAUCGCUCACAAAGAAGUUGUUUAUGAAUCCUACAAGUUUAAAGUCGAUUAUUUUAAACAAUCCAAAUCUCUUCAAAUUGACGACAUUGAAGUUAUAUCUGGUGCUGACGUCGAUGAGGGAUCCAAUUACUUAUGCAACAAUUCCAAAGCUUUUCUUGAUGAUAAUGGCAGUUUUCGUGAAAAUUCGGUCAUUUCGAGACAGUAUGGCGUUGAUUCCGAUUUUAUUUUGCUUUAUAUGAACGACAAAAAAUAUUUUACUGACAGUGUAAUCAACAUGGUUCAAUCAGCUGUGACUGUUGCUACUGCAAAUAUUGAUUUCGACCUUCCCAUCCUUUUUCAAUUCUAUCCUGGUGCCUCAACUGGAUCGAUGCAGAACAAGAAUUGCUGUACAACUUUUGAAGGUUGUAUUCUCAACAAAUGCUUAAGCAGGCACAAAACUUUGGAUGGAGCUGUUGAAAUGUUUAAACAAAAAAUUGAUUCCCCCCUUUGUCUUGAUGAUGAAAUUAAGAUUGCCUUGCAAUAUGAUUUUAAAAAGGAUUUAUCAAACGAUGUUGACAAUUUUCAUAAAGGUUUAUCCAUGGAUGCUGGGACAAAUUGUCCGCACAAAUUUACUCUUCAACGAAUUGAUCCUUCUUUAAUCAGAGGAUUUUGUCUUAGUGCUGUGUUUAUUCAAAAUUCUUUUACUGGUGAUUCAACGGACGAAUUUGAAAUAGAAAAUGCCAAAUUUUGGAAAAUUUCUUUUGAUUUUGAUGACGAAUUUAGCUACGAACUUUCUUACACCCUUACGAGAUUAUUAGAACAUAAGGAAGAAGAAUAUUCAACCCAAACAGUCAAAUCUUUAAUACCUCAAUCAAAUACAGAAACAAAAUCUAUGGCGGCAAGUGCUUUGGGUCCUUUACUCGAUAAACCUGCUGUGAAUUUUGAACUCGUCCCAAAAUUGGACAUUUUUGGUGACGACGAUUUUAGCCAUGAAGGCUUGUCAGAUUGUCUCAAAUUUAUUAUGGAGGAGGGGAAUGCUUUUGAAUUUGGUGGGAAUGACUCGAAUAGAGAUCAAUUACUUGUAUUAUUUUAUUUUUAA